AUGGUGUGUUGCAUGGAGAUCCGCUCGAUCCUCAUCCUUUUCCAGCAGACAGGAUGGAUUCUUGAGGAAGCUGGAUCAGAUGAGUCUGAUCAUGACGAAACGGAAAUGUUCGACAUGGUUCAGCCAACAGUCGUGAAACCACCAUCACGCGAUAGCAAAGAUGGCUGUGAAGAAUAUUCUGUUAUCCGACAGUUCACUUUUAGCUCGUCCCUUCAACGCAUGUCUGUGAUUGUGUUCAAUCCUUCGAAGGACUCCCACUCAAUGACCCUGUAUUGCAAGGGAGCACCGGAAAUGGUUCAUUCGUUGUGCGAUCCUGCUACUAUUCCUGAAGAUUACUUCGCUGUUGUCAAUGAAUACGCACAGCACGGUUUUCGUUUGAUAGCUGUAGCGCGACGUUCCCUAAAUCUCAAUUUCAAUAAGGCAGUCAAAGUUCCAAGAGAUAAGGUGGAGUGCAAGCUCGAGCUUUUGGGUCUUGUUGCAAUGGAGAAUCGCAUCAAGCCAGUUACUUUAGGAGUGAUCAAUCAGUUGAAUCGCGCUCACAUCAGAACUGUGAUGGUGACGGGUGACAACUUGCUCACAGCGAUGAGUGUUGCUCGAGAAUGUGGAAUAAUAAGGCCGAACAAACGAGCUUUCCUCAUUGAACAUCGUCCAGGAGAAGUAGAUUCAUGCGGCAGAACGAAAAUAAUUAUCAAACAAUCCGUUUCCUCAUCCGGCGACAUACUAGAGGAAGACCCACUUUUCACAAAGGCUGAGGUAGAUGUUGAACUUGGGAAGCUCAUUCAGAGCAGCUACCAUCUCGCUAUUUCAGGGCCAACAUUUGCUGUCAUCACCCAUGAGUAUCCUGAUGUUUUGUCCUCGUUAGUAUGUGUAUGCGAUGUUUUUGCUCGAAUGGCUCCCGACCAGAAACAGCAGCUUGUUAAUGGUCUACAGGAAGUGGGUUAUACUGUAGCCAUGUGUGGAGAUGGUGCCAACGAUUGCGCUGCUUUGAAGGCAGCGCAUGCUGGCAUUUCCCUCUCCGAUGCAGAAGCUUCCAUCGCAGCUCCAUUUACUUCAAAGGUUGCGGAUAUCCGUUGCGUGCCCACAGUAAUCAGUGAGGGGCGAGCAGCGCUGGUAACUUCUUUUGGUAUUUUCAAAUACAUGGCUGGUUACUCACUAACUCAGUUCGUAACCGUGAUGCUUCUCUAUUACAUCUCUAAUAUCCUCACUGAUGGGCAGUUCAUGUACAUUGAUAUGUUUUUGAUCACAUUGCUAGCGGUUUUGUUUGGAAAUACGUCAGCUUAUGAAAAAUUAUGUCCUACACCUCCUCCAACACGACUUCUAUCGGUGGCAAGUAUUUGCAGUGUGCUGGGUCAGCUAGCCAUUAUGGGCGGAACGCAGCUGAUUGUGUUCUUAUUAACGACCAAGCAGCCCUGGUUUGUGCCUUACAAUCCACCACGAGGAGCUGAAAUCGAAGACAAGAGGAGCAUGCAGGGAACGGCUGUGUUCUACGUAUCUGUAUUCCAAUAUAUCACGCUAGUUGUUGUUUACUCGAAAGGACCUCCUUAUAGAAACACGCUGUUCAGCAAUCGACCAUUUUGUGCCUCCAUUGCGUUUGCAACCUUGGUCAGUGCUCUUUGUCUUCAUUCAAGGGAUUGCUAG